AUGGCAUCCCUGAAGCUCACCGCUGCGCUCGCCGUUGUCGCCGUCUGCGCCGCGCUGGCGGCCACGCCGGCGACGGCCUACCCGCCCGAGAGCUGCGGCACGCAGAACAGCUACUUCAUCAACUGCCUCCGCCGCGGGUUCGGCGAGAGGUGCUGCGCGAUGGUGGAGACCCCCAGGUGCUUCUGCCAGGUGGAGCGGGAGGCGGAGAUCCACUGCGUUCCCGGCCGGAGCUGCCCCAGCCGUGGCUUCGCCAAGGUCGUCAAGGUCGCCGAGAUGCACCUCCGCUGCAUGAAGAACCUCAAGUGCAAGCGUGCCUAAGCUAGCUGUUUUCGUUUGUUUUCUCUCUCUGCCUCCUCUCGCGAUGUGCUUUGUCAUUUUGGUUUGUUUUGUUUUGAUGAGUCUGAGAUGGUUGUGCUACACUCUUUGCAUCCUCUCAAUCCGUUCCAUCUUAGGACAGGGUGA